GCACGACCAUACCCACCGCGACGGCCAACGCCACCGUGUCCGCCUCCACCUGGAUGGCGGUGGAGGGGUUCAGCUAUCUGCUCUACGCGUACACAGAGCAAUCUAGGUUCUAUUUGGGCGAGCUCACGGCCGCGCUGGCCCGACCCAUUUUGUACAUGGCGGUGCCGAACACGCUCGGCGCGCCGAUCCGCUCGCUCGACUACGUGGUGACGAAAAGGUGCGACAACAACGGAAAUCUAGAGUACCCCUUUCUCGGCUGGCAAGAGGACUUUGACGCGCAGGGGGGAUGGGUAAGGAGAGACACUGCAGCAUAAGAAUAGACACUGGGGCUUCUGGCAUAGAAUUUCAGUUAGAAACGACAUUGAGGACUACAUCAUUGAUGACGCUGAAGUUAUGAAUAUGUUGCUUUCAAAAUGAGCAAAAAAUAAACUUCACACUUGAACUCAAAGACCGCCGAUUGCCAAGCGGCGCGCGCCCAGGGUAAGUGCUGCUUAUCAAAUGUAAAAGUGUCUGGGUCUGGAAGAAUUCACGUUUGUCAUGCUUGUCUGGCAUGACUCUUAAAUCUGUCAUGCACGUUACCCAAGAGCUCCGUUUUUCUGUGCUGCAGAAGCGCAGUUUGUCAUGUAGACUAGGCAGCACCUAGGAGCUCAGAAACUUCCUUGUCAUGCUGAGCCAGCAUUUGUAGCCUCAUCAUGAGACGCCACCCAGCAUCACAAGUUUCCAGACCCAGACAUUUUUACAUUUGAUACUGCUGGCAGAGGCACAAAUACUGUGGUAUCGGGGAGGACCAGGAGAACUGUCCCUGGCGGGAUACAGAAAUGGAGGACGUUAUGGAUGAGUCAGGAUCGAAAUCGACAAAAUCGAAAAAUUUGUGAUGCAUGAAAUGUAGGCCACUGAAGGCCUGUAUUGGGGAGCAGGCAAUAAACGAGACCGAUUGUAAGCCUGUUUAGGGGUAAUAUACAAUGUGCUGCCAGACGAGUAGCACGACAGGAGCAGUCUCAUUUGCCCAAACAGCAUGACAGACUGGCUUUGGGUGCUCCCGAUAAAACUUGUCAUGCGCCCCUUGGAAACUGAGACUCCAACUGCCAUCGAUUUUGUGCAUCGCAAAUUUUCCGACUUUGACAAUUUUGAUUCUGACACUUCCAUAGCCGUGGCUUUUUCGCCGGCGGAAACCUGCCCAGACGGAAGCUCCGAAAAACCGACGGAGCUGAGCUCCUCCUGCACCCACGUGACGGUCUAUGCGAAGGUUAUAUGCAUUGCAAAAGCAUCGCACUCGUCGUCGUCGCUUGAUUUGUAGUAGUGGUGCAGGAGCAUGACAAAUCUGGCUUUCAACUUGAAUCUGCAUGACAAGCUCGAGUUCAGCUUUUGCGGUGAAUAAUUGCUGAACCGGAGCAAGACGGAAACGACCGCGGAGUACUCCAUGAUCCAAACGACGUUCAUUGUCUUUCUCCUUUAUGCAAUGCAAAAGCAUUGUACUAGUACAAAUCGCAUUUACAAAUUUUCUCAAGAAGAAAAAUGGAAUUUGUAAUGCUGUUUUACCUUUGGAGGAAGAUUUGUCAUGCAUAUUUGCUGCAAUUAGUACGAGUACGAUACUGUUGCACAGCAUAUCCUCGGCAUUGGGGCGAUGAUGUUCUCGAAAGACACCCAGCAACUGGUCAUUUCCCCGAUCGAGAAGAUGGUGAACAUAGUGAAACAACUCGCCGAUGUAUUCAAGAAAAAAACGUUGUUAGUGUAAAUUUGUGAUGCUCAACAUGCAAGAUGAUUGCUUCUGUCAUGCUUGGCAUGCGUCGCAGGGUCCAUUAAAGGCCUUUUUCACGUACUAUCUGCGCAUGACAGGUUUUUGCUGUCAUGUCAGACAAACUUGCAAUGCUGUUCCUCCAAAAAAGUUACACCUACAAUGUUUUUUUCUUUGAUACGAUGACCCCUUGUCCAAGCCGAGCACGCAAUCUGGCGGCUACAUGGAUGACGGGGAAGACCACACCUCCGGAGCUGCACAUGCCGCUGCGGCGCAGAAGAAGCAGCAGUCGUCCGGGAAUUCCCAGCUUGAAACUAACAUGCUGGAGACGACGAUCCUGAAGAUCGGAGGGCUCCUCCAGGUCGGGUUCGGGGAGGCGGGCGCGCAGAUCAUAGGGAAAAACAUGAGCAGCCAGGAUGGGGAACUCAACAUCCUGAUUCCGGGACGGAUAUGCAGAUUGCAAGAGCAUCGCUUAAUCGUACUGUACGUAGAGUUUGCAUCAUCUUCACAGACGUUUGUGAAUAGGAAAGCUACGGAAUUUGUGAUGCGGAAUCGCGUAUAAAGAGCACAUUUGUCUUGCCAGAGCGCACAAUCCAAUUUAUAUAUAAAACUACCAAUGCGCUACUUUUGCAAUGCAUAGCGGAAGAUCUACGGCAUUUUUGGUUUUUGCUUCAUCCGCGAAUUCACCGACACGACCGAGUGCUUGCUGGAGGAGGUGAUGGUGUUCGUCUAUCCUCUGUGCAAAAGUAGUGUAUAGGUGCUAAUUGGAAUUUUUGAAGGACAGCAUGACAGAUCUGGUUUCCUUCGUUUUUUCAGAAUUACAAAUCGAAUUUUUCCUACUUUUGAAAAAUUGUGAUGUUGCAGCUCGCAGUAGUACCCGAGACAACUUUUACUUUUGCAAUGCAUAUCGUGAACAAGAUCGCCCGCAUCGUCCACAUCUGCGUUCACGAGUGGGCGGGCGCGGCGAACAAAAACAUCGGGGACUCCUUUUUGUUAACCUGGAUCGUGAACGAUCUCGAGGAGCAGAAACAGAUGGCGCGGUACGGCUACGACAAGAACGAAAAGAUGCAGGACUUGAGCGACAAAGCCUUGAUUUCCUUCGUCAAAGUCAUGGCGGAACUCCGACGAGCCUCCGACCUACGCGCCUACACCAGCCACCCCAAGAUUCAGCAGAAGUUUAUGGCGCUCUCAAACGUUACAUUCUCAACUGUUACAUGAUUUUUGGGGAGAAAUAUGCCCUAAGGAAUAUCGAAAUCACAAAUUUCAUUUUUUUAUAGUUUCAAUUGGUGCUUUCUCUCAAGUCUGUCAUGCUCGCGCUCAUUGUUGAAACGAAGAAGGAAAGCGAGGAGAGGAGUAGGUAGGCAAAAUAGGACUCAGAGGGCGCUGGCGCGCAGGGCGUUUGCGUUUCUACGAACGUUGCCCAUGGUUCGUCUUGACACUGCAGCUCUGCAUCCUUUGAAAAAGAAUGGGGCGCCCCAAAACUCAGAAAAAAAAAGCCCUUCUCUGCACCAUGCGAGAAACCCUGCGCGCCAUUUGAGGAAUAUGUGCUAGCGCGCACAGGCCGGCAGGACAGAUCGAAGAGGAGAGACGAGGAGAGAGCAGGCCGAAGUAAAGAAACAAUCGCUACGGACAUGGGCUAGUCAAGGCGGAUGGGAGGCGAGGCCCCCCGCGAAAGCGGGUUGGUUAGCAGAAAAAGGCCCAGCAGCGCCACACCCGCGUGCAGGGGUGCGGCACUAAGAGAUGUACACACCCAGACCCACCCCGAAGGGGCCGAUGCCCCGCACUGUCAGUGGUGGCGCAGCGAGUUUACGAGCAGCCCCGGCGCCCCGGCAGCGGCGGGGAGAAGCGCGAACCAAAACAGGCGUGGCCGCCCGGGGGGCCGAGGCUUCAAAAAAGCUGUCAGUCAGAGGCCCCCGGGGCGGUGUCUGGCGUUAUUGGCUGGCUAUCGGAUUCGGGAUUUUCGAAAAUUCCAGAGCUGUAGCGGCUUGGCUUUGGGCCAGGCAUGUGCCCCCUGCCCGGAUUCCCCCUUCCCGGGCUCGUGUGUCCCUUUAUAGGCGCCCCGCCGGUGUUUCUCUUAGCGCCGCCGUUUGUUUGGUCCCCGGGCUUUGUGCAACGUCGGCCCCCCGGAAGGCGUCCGGCGGAGCCCAGGGCGACAGGUUCCCGGGAUGGGUUUCGCGCUGCGAUUUUUCGAAGCGUGGCGCGCCGGUCUUCUCUGGUAUUUCGCAGCCCCCCGGGCCGGGUCCCGCAAGGGCUCGGCGCGCGCCCUCUUUCGUGGUGGUUCUGUUUGGUUUGGGUUUCGUUGCGCCCCCGAUUUGCGACGUCAUCCGGGCACUUGCAGGCGGCUCGAGUUGCUCCGGCCGUUUUCUCGUUUCGGGAACCCGGCCACCGAUUCGGACGGAUGAACCCAUCCCACGGAAGCACCCGGAUGGGCCCAAAAUUUUCGGGAUUUCGCCGGGCCCGGCAGGGGGGAGCGUCUUCUAUUCGGCGGGGGGGGUUCUGUUUUCCCGUGGAAAACAUGGGAAAAGGGCCCCCGGCGGGCCAAUAGAAGGGCCUCGAUAGAAGUCGGGAGAGCGACAAAAAAGUCGCAAUCCCGAUCUGAAUAGAACCCCAAUAGAAGGGGUUCAAUAGACCCCUGAAUAGAAGGCCCAAUAGAAGCCUGAAUAGAAGCCCCAAUAGCAGCCCCAAUAGAAGGACUUCCCGGAAUUUGCUUCGUUUUUCCCUGUGCCGUGUUUUGCUGGCGGCUUUUGGGUUUCUGUUUUUGGGGGUCGGUUUUUUGAAAUUUGGCCGGCAAAUUUCGUCGGGCGUCCCGGCUUCUCGCCCUUAGCUUCGGCGAGCAAUCACCCGCAGAAGAAAGCACAUGGGCGAAAGGCGUCGGGACAUUGAGCCGCGCCGCCCGCGGUCUUCCCAAUUCUUCGCCGCCCCGGCCCUUCUUCAGUCUGUCAGGCAGCCGGCCCGAGGCAUUUUCCGCUAGUAAAAUUUUUUAAAAUGUCACUAAUUCCGGGAAUCGCGGGCCGGCUGGCUGGGUGCGGCACCCUUUGGGCACGCGCCGCAUUCGGGGAGGGGGGCGCGGCAUAGUGUGGCGCCCCCGCUUUUUGUUUUCCCGGGUGCCGUAAGCUUCCGGGCCGUCUCCCCUGGUUGUGUGUUCUCCCCCGUCCUCUUGGGGAUGGGGGCCGCUUAUCGUUGGGCCUUUUCGCGCGCGCGGCGCCUUGGCUUUUGGUGGUGGCCUGCCCUCGGGCGCUCUUUUCCCUUACCUCAGGGAAUGACUCGGGUCGGGCCCUUGCCCGGGCCUUCGGUUUUUCUUUGUCCGGUAUCUUUGCAAGGGAGGGGGGUCCUGUGGUGUGGUUUGGCACACAGGGGCUGCUCCUCGUGGCCAUGGCUCAAAUCCACCGGGGCCCGGCGCCUUUGCAUUUAUGGGGGGCAGCGCGCAGUGGGCCCGGCUCUGGAAAUCAGGCAGGCGCGAGGCCGGGGCUUUUUGGUCUUUCAAGCACCACCCCGAUCCCGGGCGGCUAAUGAAGAGGGUAAUCCCGGCGGUAAUUUCCGGGGUUAAUCUGAACACAACGAAAUCGGGAAGGUUUCGUUGGUUUUGAAAUUAGAGCAAAAAUUAGACUACGGAUUAGACUAUAAAUUAGACCACAAAUUACCCCAAAAACCCAAGGAAUUAACCUGCCCCCGGGGGGCAGUCACUCCGCCAGAGCAUUGGGCUUUCAGUUGGCGCCAUUUGCCGCCACUUGUCCUGCUUUUUCUCGGCAGGCCGCCCGCCCGCAGUUCCCGCCCGCCCGUGGCCUUUGCGUCUUUGAAUGGAUUCCCCCCGCCCGGUGCCUUUCCCAAUUUGCCCCGAAGAUUGAAGGGGUGGCGCUCUGGAAACCCACAAACAACAGGCCCGCCGGGGUCGCGUUCCGGCCUCCGUUGUGAUUUGGUGGAGGCCCGCCGCGCGCAGGCUUCGCAGGCUCCUAGGCCUUUCUUCGGUGCCGGGGCACCCUUUGGCGCCUUUCCCGGCGCGCGCCCGCCUCCCCUUCAGGGGGGCGCGGGGGGGGGGCGCCCGGAGGGCGGCGCCCGCGAUGGCUAUGCGCCCCCGGAAGUAUGGCGGCACCCCCGGCGCGCUUUCUAGUCGGGCCCCUCUUGCGCCUGCCCUCCUUUGCUUUGGGGAUUAGCCGAACUUCAGCCAGGAAUUAGCGAAAUAGCUUGCCACGGGCCGGCUGCCUGACUUCAGGUUUUGGCAAGAGAUCCGGAAUGUGCAAAACGCCCGCCCGCCAGUCUCCCCGUUGGUUCUUCGCUUGCCCGGGGGGUCAGCCGUGUGUUAAGCGGGGCCGGCCUCUUUUCCUUGGGUUCCGUGUUUUUGCCAAAUCCCGAAACCGAUAGCCAAUCGAUAACCCACCGCCACCGCCCCGGGGCCUCUGACUGAAAGCUGUGCCCGGCCCCGAAAAAUGUCCCGACUGAAAUCUUCGCUCAAAACCGGAAGAAUAGAAGUUGUCUCUCAGCACACAGACGCGAGCACUUGCUGUCACAUGCACAUCAUUAACAGCGCCACACAUGCGCAAACGGGUCGGGAAGAAUGCAGCGAAGAAAUGCAAGCCCUUGAACAGGUCGAGGCCCGAAGCUCAUGCGCUGUUCUUUCAGCUUGUGCGUCAAGGUUUUUUUUUUUUCAAAGCAAAGAAGAUUCACAGUCAUGCAUCUUGGAGUCGUUCCACGACAUGCAUCUUGGUGGUUCAGUAGUUUUCUCAAAGGUUUAGGCUUGGUCUCAAGCUUUGUAAAAUUCCGUGUUUGGUGAUAGUGGUAGAAGUCGUUGCCCGACCCCGAGCAUCAGUAAUCCCUGGCCCAGUUUUAAAAAUCCCGCGUUACAAUCCAGCUUUCAGCCAUCGUUUACUUACAAAUCGUCAUCCAAGUUGACGCCGCCCAUGUUGGCCCCCAAUUCCUUCACGUUCUCCAGCCGCGUGUGCAGCGCGAGGAGGUGCUCGGAUUGCAAAAGCCCCCACGGCUGGAUCAAAUUGAAGUUGUCCUCCGCGAUCUUGGCGUUACCUGUUAUUUGGAUCAUAUACGAAAUCUGUCAUGCGCAUUUCUUCCAAAAUCCUUGCUGUGUGCAUGUUGUUUGUGGGGUUUGGUGUUGCGAGCAUGUUUUUCAAAAAAUUUGUCAUGCGCAAAACCCGGCCGCCCCCUUUGGCAAAUCUAACAUGCAAAAACCGGCAGGCGUGGCUUGUUUGCGAAGAUCGAAAAAGGGUUAAGAAAUGCACUGCACCAUCGCGGCAGGCAGUAAAAAACCGAUUCUCCGCGUCCUUGGCCAAGUGCUCGAGCAGAUGCUUGCAGAUUUUCAUCGACCACUCUUCGAGACCGUCCAGGGCAGUAAUCUUUUCCAGGACAUUCACCCGCAACUCCUGCCGGUACUCGUCCCCGUAGCGCAACACUUUCAGGACCACGUCGGAGAAUUUUAACGCAGCUUCCUCCUCUUGUAGCAGUUUCGUGCCCAGCGGCUUCGCAUUGUCAAAAAUCGGCAUUAACUGAGCCACCUCGGCAGCGGUUUCGGUGUAGAUCGCGGCCCCCUGGUUGAAGUUACGUGUGUUGGCCAUGACCCGGGCACGGAGCGUCUGGAAGGAUUUGCUCUUUUUCUUCAACUCCAUCUCGACGUAGUGGCUCGCGACCUUGAGCGUUUUCGUUCCGCGCGGCAGGACCGGGCGGCCUCCGGCCGACAGCACGCGCACGUCGGCAAAAGCGGCAAGGUCUUUAGCCAUGGGGAUGAUGAUCUCGAGCGCGCGGGCCGCCCCGAGGCAGUGCGUGUCAAUACUUUUCUUCACUUGCUCAGCACGGGUCUCCACCUUACAAGGGAAAACGGGUAAUUGAAACGGGAUAGCGACUUUUCCAAAACUUUUACUUUGACUUUUGGCAAAGUCGCUAUUUUGAUCGUCGGCAAUCCAUGCUUUGCGAAAAUUGUUUGGACCGUGCUGCCUGUUGCUGGUAAGUCCGCACUUUGGGAGUGGCAGAGCAUGAAAGGGCGGCACCUCUUCGCCGCGGCGUGUGCCCGCCAGCUGCCUGCCAUUUUGAUCGACGCCUCCAAGCAGGCUGCGGGAAAUGCCACCCGCCGCGCAUCGGACGGGCAGCGCCUCCGUGGUCGGUUGUUCGCGAUUAUUCGCGAGCGCUGUGGGGCCCUGUGCGCAUUUUGUGCACCUUUUGAAGUGGUGCGCGGGCGCUGGCCUUUGGCCUUUCAGUAUCCGCCCGGAUGUUGAUCGCCGCCUCGCGCUUCGGAAAUGCCGGGGCGCGUCGGCCCUCUUCGCCCUGAGCGCCUUUUAAAUAAGCAAUGGCACUGGCUGCCACUGCCAGGGCCCGAAUGGGCGCGCCGCCCCGCCGCGGUGUCUUGGAUGGCACGCCGGCCGCGCGCUGUCCGACGUACCUUCGGCCCCCUACAUUCUGGCCCGCCGCUUGCCCAUUCUUACAAAAUAGAGGCCGUCGCGCCCCGGCCGUCUGUUUCCUGCCCGCCUUUCCGCGGUUACGCGACGCGGCCGAAGCGUGCGCCAAAGGCGCCCCCCUUUUGCAACCAACGGGCAGAGGCGGCUCCUCCGCUCGUCUCGCUAGCGGUGGCAGAAGUGUCAAGGGCCUGCGGUCGGGGGGCCACCCCGAUGGCCGGCGCGUGAUGUGGGUCUGUGGCGCGCUGUGGUGGCGCCACCUGUCUAUUUCGGUUGCCCGUCUAUUCUGCUUCGCCUGCUUGAACGAGAGAAGCAAAGAGGCAGCAUACCAUGCGGUCCGACGUCGGACCGCAUGGUAUGGCGCGCGAUGGUGGGCCGGCCUCUCGCGCCAGGCCGUCCGUGCGUGCGGCAUGCAUCGCGAUGUGGGGCCGACCCCCCCCGGUUGGGUGGGCUUCCCCGGCGGGGUGUUCUUUGGUUCAGGAAAUGGAUAACGCAACUCCCCCGGGUGGCCCGCCCCACAAGCGAGCCGGCGGGCGGGGCCCCGUGGCCCCUCUGGUAUGUUGCCCUCCAGCACGAGCCUGUGUGCCUGGGUGGUUUGCCUUCUCUUGUAAGAUGUACCGCAGCGACCCCGUGAGCCGGCUCUAUCUCUGCAGCUUUCCUGACAAGAACCGCCAAAAACGGCCGGGGGCUUGGGGCGUUGGCUCGCAUUUUUUCGCAUGUUGAAGAUGAAAAAAACCCAAGCGCGCCCGCCUGUUUGGUUUUGUCUUCAAUGAAUGCAGUCGCCGGUGGGCUCAGUCGGCCGCCGGUGGAAAGACUGUCUGAAAAAAUGACGUAGGGGGGUCGGCAAACGUGGCACCCUUCUCAGGCGCCGGCCGCGUGGGAUUCUGGCGCGCGACUUGGGGCGCCCAAAAGGGCGCCCCAAAAAACCCGCCCGAAGCCAGAACAGCGAAGCCGUAAGUAUGGCAGGGCCGCGAAACCGGUCGCGAAUCGAAAGCGGCCGCCCUUUUGCCGGGUUCUCAGCGGGGGGGCGCUAGCUUUGCAAAAGGCGCGGGCGCGAAAAAUAACACACAACGCAAAAAAGAAGAAACGCGCCAAGCGCGCGAAGCCAGCCCGCAUUCUAUGGGCCCGCUUUUCCCUCGGUUUUUGGGCGCCCCCCGCGGUGCCCGGGCCGGCCCGAUAGCAUCGGGGUUGGCUUUCGGGAAGGCGUUUUGGCAAGUUGCCCAACGUCUGCCAUUUUCCCCAACCGGCCGCCAUACCGUGCGGCAUAACCUUACCCACCCCGGCACGGCGGGCCCAGAAAAAGCAAAAAAGUGGUGUGGGCCAAGGUCGGCGGGCAAAGAAGCGGCGCCGGCCUCAUUAUCUCCGCCCCGGCGGCCAUAUUUGGCGCAUUGAAGUAGGCGCGCAGCACGCCGCGCGGGCGGCCCGGCCUCGCACGUUCGGGCCGCAUGGCGUGGCGCGCUACGCUUCGGUGGAGCUGCCCGCGCCUCACGUUUUGGCUCGGCGCCUUUCUUUGGGCGCUAGCUAGAGGCCGUCCGGCCUGCCCCUUUCUCUUUCAUAUUCGCCGCCCCCCCGCACUUACAUACAAAGCGCCGAGACCAUGCCGCCGCUCCCGAGUGCUCCGCCUCGGUCGCGGCGGCCUUGCGCGGCCGGCUUUUCGCGAGUAGAAAGGGCGCCGGCGCAGCAGGGGCGCGCGCGGGGCGCCACUCACAUGCUGCCCCGCCGGCGCGCGCAAUAAGUUCGCCCAGGAGGCUCUGUCCCCAUUUUCGGGGAGACCGCCUCAGCCAUGUAGAAAAGGGGGGGGGCAGCAGGAUUCUUCGCAAGCCUGGCGGAUGCGCAAGCCUUCAGGCUUUUCGGCUUUUGAGGGCGCGGCGAAGUCUUCUGCUUGAGUGCCGAAAACUUGCCGAAAACUUUCCCCCGAACUUUCCCGAAACUUUCCCGCUUCGGGAUCAUUUUCGGACUCGAAAACUUUUGGCUGACUUUUCAACUCCCGGUCUGUAACUUUUGGUCGACUUUUCAACGGGAGAAUUUUUCGGGAAGGUUUCGCGGAAGGUUUUCGCCGACUUUUCGGGAAAGUUCGGGGGAAAGUUUUCGGCAAGUUCUCGGCAAAGUUUCCGGCAGAGUUUUCGGUAGAGGGGCGGAAAAGUUUCGCCGCCCGGCGCCUGCACUUUGUUCCUGCCCGCCAGCCGGGCCGCCCUCGGGCGGCUGCCUUGCGCCCGAAAAGAGGCAGGCACAGCCCCCCGGCAGGCACGCCUGCGGUUAUUGCGCACGUAGCCAGGCAAGCGGCCGGCCCCGCCCCGGCGGGCGGCCGGCGCUACGUUGUCGCAUGCGCCACCGGGCAGCGGAUUCACGCCCCGGGGGCGCCGGUGCGCGUGUAGCUUGCUGCGAACCAAGAGAGGGCGCCCGGGCUUCGGCGGUUGCUACCGACCCCCUGAACUUGGUUGGCGCGUUGCGCCGUUCGGGGCGCGUGCGGGGCAUGCGCUCCGCGUACUCCACACUUGCGGCGGCCGGCGGGCUCUUGGGGGCCCGGGCGCCGCUGGGGUUGGCGUCGGUUUGCCCAAACCCAUAGACGGAAGGAACACCCGGCCCGGCCGCGCCAGUCCUUCGCCCCCCCCGCCCGCGACCGACCUAGACCGGGGCCACAGUGUGCCGGCCGGCAACAGCCGCGCGGGCGUGGCGCCUCCCUGCGCACUGCUGAGCCCGGGCGGGGGAGGCGUGUUAUUGGGGCGCCGAAGCGAUUCCGCCGCAUCCGCCAGGCGCCAGCCGGCCGGGGCCGGCCUGUCUGGGGGCCUCCCGCCCUCUGAUAUGGGGGCGCGCCUGCAUGUUGGGCCCCGCCGGCCUGCCUGCGCGCCUGGAAUACCGGGCGGCGCCGCCGCGGGUCUACUUCCUACGUGCCGGCGGCCCGAUUGCCACCCGUCGUUCGUCUCGCCCUUCGCUCGCCCUGCGCCCCACCCUGUGGGCCGGGAUUGGGCGAUCUGUUUCGUCUCUAUCUGGUCAGCCGGGGCCUGUGCGUUUGCUGUUUUGCUUUUCCGACAAGCAUACCGUGCGGUCCGACGUCGGACCGCAUGGCACGCUCGACACCGUUUCGGGCGGGGCGAGCCAUGUUGGGGCGCCGGGCGAUGUGGUUGGUGCACGGGCGGAACUGCGCCCCUGCGUGCGACGUAGGGGAGGGGACGUCGUGGGGGCUUAGUUACCCUCGGGGCCUGUUUGCUUGCUACGUGUGGGGCUGUCGGACGGUAAGCCGCUGCUGCGUGUGCCCAGCGUGCCAAAUAUAGCCUCCGUGGCGGAGGUGGUGAGGUCGGUGCCGCUGGCUGCCUUGCCCGCCCGCCGGCCGUUGCCCUGGCCAGCCACUGUGUCUUUUUUCUGGGCCCCCCGUGCCGCUUUUGGUAUGGCCAUGCCGCGUGGCUUGGCCGUCUUUUGGAAAGCAUGGUAGUUCUUUGCCAAAUUUUCAGAACCCCUGUCCGAAAGCUAGCCCUGGCGGUAUGGGGCCGAUCCGGGCGCCGCGGUGGAGCGCCCUGAAACCGAAGGCAAACCGGUCCCAUGGCAUGGGGAUUGGCCUCGCGCGCUUGGCGCGCUUUUGCUUUUCUGUGUUUUUUCUUUGCGCGCCGGCACCCUUUGCAAAGCUUCCGCCGCAUAGAAACCGGCGAAAAGGCGGCGGCCGCUUUCGCGGCCGGCCAAAUGCUCCGAACGGAGCCCCGGCCCUGUCGUGCGGCUUCGCUUUUCUGAUUUGCCGCGAGUUUUUUGGGGCGCUCUUUUGCGCGCCCCAAAUCGCCAGAACCCCACGCGGCCGGCGCCUCAGCGGGGUGCCCCUUUUCUUUGUCGGCCCUCCUGUGUCGUUAGUAUUAUCAGCCGGCGACCGAUAGAACCCGGCGCCGGCGGUUCGUUGAAGUCAAACAAAGCCCAACAGGCUGGCGCGCUUUGAUCUUCCUCAUGUGGAAAAGCGCGAAACAGCAGCACACACCGCCGGCAGCUUUUGGCCGGUGGUUGCUUUGCAUUAAGAAAGCUGCCAGGGUCGGGCCGUUUCGCGGUGGCGGCCCGCCGGCGGCGGGAGGCGCGGGCGGGCGCCGCGGUUCGCGGUGUUUGUGAGGCUUGGGCGCGCGCGUUUUUUGGCGAGGGCGCGUGCUGCCCGGUGCCCGGUUGCGUCGGGUUUAGGGUCUGGCGGACCGGCCCCCUUCCCUGCGUCGGUAGCCCUCCUCCUAGUCCGUUCCCGGGUAGGCCUUCCGGGCCUGGGGGGGGGCGGGUGGGUGCGAUGGGCGGUCAUGGCCUUUUUCUUUAGGGCGCCCGCGCCGGCAGCCGUUGGCUGGGUGCGGUCGGCGGGUGCCCGGCGCGCGCACGCUUCGGCGGGUUGAAAGGCGGUCGCUCGGGCUUCGCCGAUCACCCGCGGGACAAGAGGAGGCGUCGGCGCCCAAGACCUCGCAGGCGCCCCUGUUCUGUCGCUUGGAGUAUCUUCGCUGCGUUUUUUCGUUCUGAGUCGCAUUACCAAAUCGUUUUCAAUGCCGUGAAAUCCUGAAAAGUCAAAUGAAAAGUUUUGGAAAAGUUCGAAUCGCCCGCCAAUUAGUCGUUUUCCCUUGUAAACGGGUCUCCACCAGCUUCCACUGGGAUUGCUGUCGGGAAUUUAAAGUGUGAAUUUGUAACAUACAGAAGAGUGGUCGCGCGCACAUCUUGUUCUGCGCGGCGCUAAUCAACAUCCGAGAAAGCCGUGAACUUUCCUACGCGUGACAGAUUUUUUUAAACAAGAAAAGACAGUAACGAUUUACCAUGGUCAGCUCCGGCGGGGUCGGGGUGGUGUUACCCCACAACGCGGCCGUCAUAUACAUAGUCUACUUCGCUAACUCCACCGGGCGGGGUGAUGUCGUCUUCAUACUUUUGCACCCCUUCGGGCCAGUCGUACUGCUCGUCGCCGAUCUUGAAAUAAUCGAACAUGUUCUGCGCGCGCGACUGUUCCUGCGCCAAGUCGUUCCGCUUGGAAGCGACUUUCUUCACCAGCUCCUCCAGCAGCUUCUUCCCCUCCGGCACGUCCGGGGUGAUCUCGUUGAUGCCCUGGGCGACGCGGGCAGCGAACACCAGAUACUCGGAGGCGUCCCCCGGACAAAAGAUGUUGAAGUGGGAGGCAUACCUGAAAAAAAAACAUCACUCGUAGUACAUCGUGUGUGCCUAGGGUGCCACAUAAAAGAACGCUGCACCGACCGCCCCCCACCGUGGAGAGGGUCACUUCCCGCAAAAUCUACAAAAGAAAUUUAGCCAAGAAACUUUCCAAAAACUACCGAAACACUACAAGAGCUCGACCAAAAUUAUACAAAACAAAACACAUCGCUUUAAUCUCCGCGAUCGGAAAGCCGUACGCUGUCAGCGCCAGUGUGUGCUGGCGCCAACGGAUUAACUUCCGGAAAUUGGGCGGAACCGAAACCCCGUCGAAUUUUCCCAAAGCAGUCAAAGUCGCGAUGAGGCUGGGUCGAGUUUUGACUUUCGAAACCACCACCGUAGCGCGCGAGUUGAUGGCAGUGAAAAUGUGCCCGGGGAUCCCGUCCAGGUCACUGAAGUUGCGGGAUUUGCAGUAGUUGUUCAGAGCAGUAGUGGUCGUCUCCGCGUAAGCCACGUUGUCGAACUCCUUGGGUAAGGCAGCGUCCUGCGGCAAAGCAGCGGCCGCCGCGGACUUCUUCGCCGCCCGCACAACGGAGCUGUCGACGAUGCUAGCGUGCUGGCCACGUUUCUUCGCCGCCGCCUGGAUGUCAUAAGCCGCCAACUGGAUCACCUUGCCCACCGCCGUUUUGGCCAUCACAUAUACGGGGGGAAUAAACAUCGCCCCGCCGCGAGUUUGUCACGCAUAAUCGAAAACCACACAAAUAUCAUGCAAAAAAUCUGCAUGACAAACCACGGGGGACGAUAAUAGCACUGCCAUAGUUCGGGCUGGUCCUCGAAAACUGCUUUUUUUUUGAUUUUCAAAAACUCCGCCCGCUCCUCGUUGGUCGGGGGACGGGAGAGGGCCUUCUUGUUGCGCUUCACCAUUUUCAAGCGGGGGGCGGGGAAAUAGAGGGUCUAAUUCCGGCAAGUAAUAAGCGAAAAAUACGAUGUGCGUCCUAGUGAGUAGCGCGAGAAGCUUAAACGUGACUCGUUCGAGAAAACUGAUUAGCGAAAACCUGACGCCAAUGAGCAAUACAAAAAACCUAAACCGUGACGCUUUUGAAAAUGGCCGCGACUUCCUGCCAGUGUGAUUGUCUACGCAAGACAAAUCUAGCCCCUGGGAAGCAUUGUCCAGAAAUGUAAUUGGUGCCAGAUGCGCACUAAGUAAGCAUCGCAAAAUCAAACAAAUACGGGAGUGGCGCAUUACAAAUUCAGGCUUCCAAACUACUCAGAAAAUCUUGCGGGCGCGCCAAGCAUGAGAACCAGAGAUCGGGAGGAGCUGAGCUGUUGAUCAAGAUCUUUUUCUUGCUGUGACAUCAGACAUACUUGCGCAGGAGCGGAGUCUUGUGAUCCUAGCGGCAGUCAACCUGCGCGGAAAACAAUAACUCCUAUUGAACUGGCCAUCUAUCUGCGGAGUUAGAGCUUCGAAAAAAACAGGAAUCUUCGAUCCUAUGAGCGACAUCAUACGACCUCAAUGCGCUGCGGUGGAGCGUGUGUUUUCGGUGCUACUGCAGUAGGAGCCUCAAGUUUAUUACUGCGGACCCCGCAAGGGCCGGAGGUCAGGGUUAUAAAUUAUUCGUAGUGGAGGCUAUAUAAAGUGACUUCAUAAUGAAGCGCCGGAAUUAUUUUACGGUCCAGAGACCCCAACGAAACUACCCCCCCCACUCCGCUUCUUCUGUGCGCGUGCAAAACCUGGGCCGUCACGCCUGGUUUGAGUUUUUGAGUUCACUGCGAAGUUGAAUCGUUUUCCCAAAUUUUUUUUGUGCAAAAACAAACUUUUGCCAAAUUCCUAUUUUGCAUUCCCAAACUUUUUUUGUGCAAAAAAAAUUCCGUCGCGGACCCCCGGAGAGGGCCGAGAGUGCAAAAUCCCACACGUUUUUACAAAAAUACCUUCCGAAGGGGCUCCCCGGGUGAUUUGUUUGUGGGCCCCGUGCGUCCCGUCUGCGUCCCGUGUGUGGUCCGUCGAAAAUUUGGGAAAACGAAAACACGAAAAAGCCGGAAGCUUCGGUCCGCGAAUCCUUGAAAAACUACCGCAGUCCGACCCUCCUGAGCGAUCUUCUUUUGGCUUCCCAAAAACUACUGGUCGCAAUCUUCCUCCGGCUGGAAGUCGCGCAGGCCCUCAGCGCCGUCGGAUAGCGGCCGCAGACGCCACAUCGCCCUGUCGGGAAUUUUUCGAAAUUCCUUCUCCUUUCUCUUCAUUUUCUCAUCAUUCAGAACCAUGUGGCCCCGCGACUCGUCAAAAGACGCCAAAACCAGCUCCCACUGCUCCGCAACCACUUUUCCCACCUCUCGGUCCUCCGUGCGUUUCGCGACAGCAGCCUUCGUUUCGUCGCCGAGGGAUUUCAGAACGAAUGCGUGGCGCGCGGCCCAUAUGUUCAGGACGUGCCGCACCUCAUGCGGUGGCGAGUUACCCGUGAUAGAGACCUCGAGCGACUUUUUUCCAAGAAUAUCGAAAAGCCAGUCCACCUCGAUGAAUCUUCUUGCAGUGUUCUUGUCGCGUGGCAGAAUCUUCAACGUCCUACUCUCGAGCGGCUUCAGGCCUUUCUCGAUUCUUUCGAAAGUGUCCUCGCUAUCUCCGCUCUUGAUGAAGUAGUCGGAAAGGUCAGCGUCGCGCCGCUGCUUCGCGAAUUCCUGCCGCAUGGCGUUUCUUUCGGCCUCCGACAGCUGCAUCACGGUGAGCCGAUCGCGCACCUUGACCAGGUGCUGCUGCGCAGCUUCCUGCUUAGUGGCUGUGCUGGCGAUCUGCUCCCGCAAGAUUUCCAACGCCCCGCCCGGGGUGUCUUUGCUCGCGCCCAGGUCUGUCUUUUGCCGCUUCGCAGGCGGGACUGCAAGUUCCCCACUGUGUUUCAGGCUUGCCAAGAAUUGCCGCAGCUCCACCGGGUCAUCGAUCUCCUGAGUUUUCCUCUUAAUGUCCUGCGGGAGAGUGUGCUGCACCUGGGGCCCCGCUGGAUCGGAGCCGAUGUUCUUAGUCGCAUUCGCCUGUCCAGCUGCGGGACCCGGGGAAAGCUGAUCGAGAUGUAACCGCCCACCGACCCGCACAGCGCGCUGUUGGUCAACAACACCUGCUACAUGCACCCAAACACUUUGCUGCCCGAAAUCCAGCCCCGAGCCCGUGCGCGACGCCAGGUCUUCCGGUGGGAUCACCCAGUGUCCGUCUGGCGAUCGAUCGAGAUGAAUUCCCCAGAAGCCCAUGGGGGUAAACUGGACCGACAAUACUAGAAAGCCUCGGCGCUGGUCCUUGGCGGGGAAAGGGAAACCAUCGCCCGGAAUCGGGCCCAUAAACUCGAGCAACAGGAGCCGGGCUAUCGAGCGGACAUCUUCCUCCGGGCCGUCGUCUGCCUCCUCCUGCAGAACAUCGGGGUCGUCCGAAGCAUCAGCGCCAGCGGCUGCUGCACCGCUUCCCGCCCCGGCAGCAGCCGGCUUCGGCGCCAGGCCCUUCGCCAUUUUCACCACCGUCCAAACCGUUCCACUACUGGAUGCUCCUUGAACCUGUGCCGCCGGCGGGCUAAGCCUUUUGCCCUUUCUCUCACAAAACUCCGCCCGCGCUUUUUGCGCGCCGUCCACACCAACUGCUGCCCAGCUUCCAGCGACGAACUUCUUCAUCGAGGCGUAGAACCACGAGCGGUAGGUUGACUUGGACUGAGCCGAGCGCCGCGAUUUCUCCUCCUGCUGCGCUUCCGCCAUUUCCUGCAAAUGCUUCGCCGUUGCCUCUUGAAACUCUUUCUCCGCCCGCUGUUUGUGCCAGUCCUUCGUGGCCUGGCUCUCAUUUUUCCAAUCGGAGCGAACCGCCAGCCCCAUCUCGUUUGUCCCGCCAGUCAACAUCUCCCCCACAUACAGGUCGACAGCCCGGGCUUGCUUCGGCGGAUCUAGGUCCCAGCAGGUCUUCGCGUCCAGAACCUUGCUGUCGAGAUUCUGCGCACUAAAUAACAUUUUGCGGACCAGAAACGCGGACGCCGACGCAACGCUGCGGGAGCUGAUGGACCGGAGGUGCUGCUGGUAGUGGGCGUGCAGCUGCUCCACCGAUAUUGGCGAAGUGUUUUCCCGCAACCAGGAUAAGAUGAAGCGCUUUAUCACGUCCUGUGCCUGCGCAACUGGGAGACCUCCGAUAACCGCACCCAAACGCUCCACCGCCCUCUCACUCGGAUCACGAUAACUGACCACCUUAUGCUGAAAUUUUUCCGCCGCGGAUUUCACCAGAUGCACCCACGACCCGCUCUUGACCUUCAUCAGCUUCGCCAUUAGUUCGUCGUAGGCGUGCCGCUUCUGGUUCUUCUGUACAACGGUUGCGGAAAGUGAAAGAAGCCCUAGAACGGUGCCGGUUUUCAGUUUUUUCAUCUGAUCCGCCGACGCCCCCCACAGCUUCCAAAGAUCGUCGGUCUUUGCGAGUCGAAGGCACUUCUGGAGAUCCCUCUCGAACUUGUUCAUCCAGGCUGGCCACCGGUCGGCGGUCUUCUUCAACAUCAUCCGCUUCUGCAACUGCGCGGCCGGGAAUGCAACUAGGGAAACCGCCAGACACAAAAGGCGAGACUCCUGCUCGUCGGCUUCGAACUUGAAACGAUCACCCCCGCCAAUGUGUGGCUCGGCCCAGCUGCGGCGCCACUCGGCCCAGUUCAGCUCUCCUUUCAGGACCGCAUGGCGCAGCCAACGCACUGCAGUUUCCGCGGCUGCUUGGGCGGUGGCCGCAAAACGUGUGAAGCCCGGCCGCGUUGGUCGAACAAAUGCCCCGUGAGUACUUUUUUCCCCCAUUUUCAUCAGCCUCUCGUCGUCAGCGCCGGUCAGGAGUGUGUCUCCCUCGUUUGGCUGAACACUCAGCCUGCCUUCCGCUUCCGGGUAAACAACCCUUUCCCCGACCCGCUUGCUGUCCAGUCCCAUCAUUUGGCAAUAUUCGCGGAAAACAGAUCGCUGCGGAUCCCCUUCUGUUGUAGCGUCUUCUACCGCCACCAGCCCCCGGUCGAUCAUCUUUUGUAUGUUGUCCUGGAUAGUUGCUGUCUGUGCGGAGUAGAGACGGGCUACUAAAAAAAUUCUCUUUUCCAAAGCCUUCACGUUUUUCCCGAGAAGGUCGCAGACGAGGCUGCAGGCGUCUUGCAUCGAGUGGCUGACGGCGUGUAGACUACAAAACCGAGCGACACAGACUGCCCUCGGACUCAAAUCGUGCACCCACUGGCAGAAGAGGUGCAGGGCGCCCACGUUCGACUUCGCCGCGUCCACCACGAUACUCACCUCCAGCACACCGGUCGCGCCGGUGGCCGCCUCCUUGAGCCCCGGGACGGAGGCUAGCAAAUCAAAAACCAUAUCUGUCUCCGUUUGGUCGUCGUAGUGUUGCUUUUGAAUCAGCCGCACCUCCGACGGCGUAUUGAAGGUGAUCCAACUUGCGCUGUCGGCUUUUUCUGGUUCAACAUCCGAAAGAAGCCAGCUGACGUCACAGAUGGUUAAAAACGCCUUGGCACUGCGGUCGAUCGUCUGCCCGUAGCUCUGUUGUGCCCGAUGUCCGACCGGUGUUGCGUCCGCUUCGAUACGAGUUAGCUUGUGGGUGGGCGUAAAUGACUUGCACAGCUUAACCAUGGCCGCCUUGUAGAACUGCAUGACGAGGAAGACGAUCUUCGAAUAAACCCGAGCGUGCCACUUCGAGAUGAAGAUGGAAAUGCGUAGGCGCGGCGGCAUUUGUGUUGCAGGAUGUGAUUGAGAACAUACAUCAAUCACGCUGUCCUCGCAACACAAAUGCUGGCGCGCCUACAAUUUCCAUCGACAUAUUAUCCGGCGCGGGCUGGUGCUUGAAGAAGCCGUCGACGGAGUUGUUCCGGUUCUCCUCCUCUCCACUCUUCUGGCCCACACCUGCAACUUUCGCGUCGAGGUCCGGGACAUCAAACUGCCUGGCCGGCAGGGUGCGGCCUUCCUUUGGAGCUGAAUCCGAAUGCCCCCCGCGUGGUGGCGUCGCCCAAUCUGCUGCACUCAGUUUCUCCCCGGCCUUCAGCCGGGCCAUCAAGCUCUUCGGUGCCAUCGCUAAUCGUUUCAGCUUUCUAAGUCCUGCAAGUUCUCGUAGCGAUAGGGAAACACUGCGAAGUAACCAAAUUCCGAUGCUGUGGGAAAUCUAGAUGAAGUCUUCUAACGUUUCCAAUAUCGGUCGCUGUGAAAAAACAUGUCCACUGUCGGUUUCGGCGUAUGCUAUGCAAAAUUGAGACCAAACCUAUUCUAUCUGAGAAAACCAUGUGAGCCACUUGGAACGCUGCUGCUUGUAUGGAACAAUGGAGGAUCCCGACCAUCUUUUUUGAAUUCGUUUUUUUUGAAAAUGAGUGCAAUUUGUUUUCGAUUUGUUCGUUAGGGGUACUUUCGCGCUAAUGAUUUUACAUUCUCACAAAUUUGCGAAGGGCUAAGCAGCGCCUAAAUCUGUGCCAAACAUGUAAUGCAAAAGGCGCAAUCUUCCCCCUUGCUCUUGCACUUUUGCCAUUCUUGCAUUACAAAUCCAUGUAACAGUUGAAGAGAAUGUAACGGUUGAGAGCGCCAUAAAGUUUUUGAAUUCCUACGAAAUCCGGAUGGGGUUCGGGCUGCACUUAUCAAAUGCCAAAAUGUCUGGGUCUGGAAGAUUCCGACAUCUGUCAUGCUAGUCUGGCAUGACUCUGAGCUCUGUAUUGCGUGGCCGCAAAGAGCUCCUACUCCCUGUCAUGCAAAAACGCAGUUUCUCAUGCGGGAUACGGAUACGCAACUCAGAACCAUGAGAAAAGCUUGUCAUGCUUGGCAGCGCAUUACAGUGAGUGAGCUCACUAUUCCCUUCCUUGCAUCACAAGUUUCCAGACCCAGACAUAUUUGCAUUUGAUAGCACUGCGGGUGGGCGAUCGAGGGCGCGAUUGGGUCCGAGCACAAAAUCGACGCGAGCUACCUGUCGCCGCACGUGAACCUGUGUGCGAGACUGGAGACCGCGACGGAUCAGUACGGGGUGGAUAUUUUGUUUUCCGAGCAAUUCCACGAUUUGCUCUCUUCCAAGGCGAAAGACCGUUGUCGGAAAUUAGAUGUCAUCAUGGUCAAGGGGUCCAGCAAGGCCAUCGGGAUCUUCACGCUGGACUUGCACCACACGGCCUCGCAAUCCGACACUGGGGGCGGCGGCGUGUCCGGGAGCGCGGCGAGUACUGUGCUCGAGUUGCAGGCGCCGGAAGGGCACCAAUGCGGAGAAGUGAUCACGACGGGCGAGAUUUCGAAGGAAAGCUUAGUCGGAAAGCUGGGAAUUUUGUUCGAUAUGGACCAAGACUUGCUGCGGAUGCAGGAGGGCAUCACGCCGGAAUUCCACACUUUGUGGAAACAAGCGUUCCACUUGUACAUCAAUGGCGCUUGGACGCCGGCGAAGGAGGCCCUGAUGUAUCAAAUGCAAAAAUGUCUGGGUCUGGAAGAAUGCAAGUUUGUCAUGCUUGUUUCGCAUGACUCUUAAAUCUGUCAUGCACAUCACCCAAGAGACCCAUUUUUCUGUCAUGCAGAAACGCAGUUCGUCAUGCAGAAUAGGCAACACCUAGAAGCUCAGAAACUUGCCAUGCUGAGCCAGCACUUGCGGCCUCCUCAUGAUACGCCACCCAGCAUCACAAGUUUCCAGACCCAGACACUUUUGCAGUUGAUAUGAUGCGGGUCAACGCCAUGCGGAUGCAGCUCCAGCACCGAGCCGACGGGUAUGGCGGUCUCAACUGUUACAUUCUCAACUGUUACAUGAAUUUGUGAUGCAAGAAUGGCAACAGUCAAUGGCGCAAGGUUGCUGCUUUCGCAUCACAGCUUCGGCACAGAUUUAGAUGCUGUUUAGCCUCUCUGAGAUUUGUCAUGCGAAGCAGCUUGAUCAUCUCGCGGCUUAAGGUAGUCUUGCAUGACAAAUUUAUUUGAGUAUACGGUUGAGAAUGUAACGUUUGAGAACUCCAUAACGGGCCCAGUGAGUGCCUGCUGGCGUACAUGCAACAGCUGGAUUUUUGUCCGCCCGAGGAUUGGCAGGGGUACCGGAAGCUGGAGUCGAAAUAGUGAGAAGAGGAGCGGGAGGUGGCUUUCAUGAAAAAGUCGAUGACCUUCUAUUCCUGAGCGGGCUUAACGUUUCCUCGCGAGGACAGAAAUUCAUUCUCAAGAGUUUUAUUUUGCAAUUUAAAGAACUGGAUCGGGUUUUCGCUUUCGGGAUUUUUGAGUGAACACAAUUUAAGUAAACAAGCUAAGGCUGCAAAAGCCGCGGAGGACACAUCUACUGGACAGAAUAGUUGUAUGAAGUUUUAACCGAAAGAGAUGAAGAAAAGUUUACGAAAAAGUUCAAGUUGGUUCUCGGCACCUCCAUUACUACGCGGGGCGGAAUACGGGCGAAUAGGAAGCGACACAGGGGCUACAUGAAUUGAAGUAACGCUGCUGGUGUUGUCCACGUAAGCCUGAGCGAGAGCCGCUGUGAUAUUAGCAGUGAGUGAACAGGUGCACAGUCAUUUUUUUCACAGUGGAAUAAAGUCACGAAAGACAAAGAACUACGGCCCAUGUAAUCUCUCGUUGCUG